UGUACCAGUUUUCUCGAGAGCUUGAAAGUUUUGGCAUUCAGUAAUGUUUUAAUCAUAAAAUCUUCCAGUAGCUUUACUGCCUGGAUAUAAAAUCUGCCAGUACUUUACUGGUACCCCAAAAAUUAUCUGGGGCACUGACUACACUUUUGUCAGUAAGAAAAUUUCUUCUGAACAUAAUCCAAAGAUAAAUUAUGUACUAUUACUUAAUAUUGUUUCUAUUUUGCAGGAGAAAAACAUCUUUGGACAGACAUAGACAACAAGGCUACCUUGGUGAUGUGGUGUCAUUAUUCAGACUUGAUGAAUUCAAGACAUUUUUCUGCGUCUCCAGGGUGUCAGUGGAAAGUUUGAUAGGUUACAUAGCAGAUGUGUGUAAUGAAAAAGAUAUAACAGGUAUUUUGGUACGCCGCUCCUCUGGAGGCUCUCCACAGAUACCUUUAGAAGACCGUGUUUUAAUGAUGCUCUGGUUUAUGGCAAGUUUAGAUAAGUACUCCGCAUUAGCAGACAUAUUUGGUGUGAGCGAAAGUACAGCUUCAUCUGCCAUAAGAAACUUAUUAAAGUUCACCCAGGAACAACUUGUUGAUAGGGUAAUUACAUGGCCAAGCAAUGACGAACUUCAAGAAAUACAGGAUAUGUAUGAAGAACUUAAAAAUUUCCCAGGAGUGGUUGGAAUGAUAGAUGGCAGCCAUAUUAAAAUAAAGAGACCAUCUGUUAGGGGAAUUGAUUAUUAUAACUGCAAUAAUCAGUACAGUGUUGUGUUACAGGCAGUGGUAAGGGAAGACAUGAGGUUUAUAGAUGUCUUUACUGGCUAUCCGGGUAAGGUUUAUGAUGCUAGGGUAUUCAGAGAAUCCCCCUUGUAUCAGACUGGUCAAGAACGUUGCGGAAAUGGACAUAUUUUGGGUGACUCAGCCUAUCCUAACAUUUCAUGGCUGUUAACACCAUUCAGAGACAAUGGUAGGCUUACUGAAGCACAGAAGCGUUAUAAUAAUGUCCACGCAGCCAUUCGAAGCACAGUCGAACGUGCCUUUGGUUUGUUAAAGGGUCGAUUUACAAGACUUCAAAGAAUUGAUCAGAGAAACAUCGAAACAAUUGUACAAACAGUUCUCACAGCAUGUGUUCUUCAUAAUAUCUGCAUUAUGAAUAAUGAUGACUUUGAAAACUUGCUAAUAGAAGAUCAAGUACCGAUGGAUCCUAAUAUUGUAAACAUGCUUGACCAAGAUCAGGAAGCUGCAGCCAGGAAAAGGUUAGAUAUAGCUCGAAGGUUAUAAAAUAUAAGACUUGGAAGACAACAAAUUCUAUAUUCACAAGUAAAUUCGAUGAAUUGGUAUCCCCCGCCGAAAGGGUUUGUGGUGAGGAAUGGCAAAAAAAUAUAUCCGGCAAAAAGUUAAGGAUGUUAAUAAGAAGCAAAUAAUUUCAUUAGUCAAAAUCAAUUUAACAGAAAACAAAUGUUUAAUUAAAGAGUACAUAAUAAAUGUAUGAUACUUUGAUCCUGACUAAAGAAUUUAUUUUGAAUGGGAUAUGCUUACUGUAAUAAGCUUAGCUUUUAAAAUUAAAUGCAGUUAAUUGAAAUAUGAGCUUGAAGUUUAACUGGAACGAAAUAUUGUCUUUGAGUGGUUUGGCACCAGGUGUUGUUGUUAAACAUGUACAUUUGAACUUAAAAAAAACGUAUGUCCUUAUGAGAACACUGGUAAGAUAUCUUGAACAUGACUGAGGGCAAGGCUUGUGCAGUCACAACUUAACAUGUUGAACGUUUCAACAUUUAAAAAAAAAAAAAAAAAAUGGAAAUAUACAUAUGUAUAUAUAUUUAUUUUUUAAGGGUGUGGGGGUGCGGGGGAACUGGAGAGGAAACAAAAUUUCACAUGUUGAUUAUAAAUAUUGAUGGAAAAUUAAAAAUGAAAAACAAGAGGGUCAUGAUGACCCUGGAUCACUCACCAGAGUAAUAUGAGCUACACGUUUCUAAUGUCAAACUGAUGAUUUUUAGAAAUUUUUUGGAAGAUUUUCCGAUGUACAAUCAAGUAACCCCUGGGGCGGGGCCAAUUUUACCCCGGGGGUCAUGAUUUGAACAAAGUUCGUAGAAGUCUACUAGGAAAUGUUACAUAUAAAAUAUCUAAGAUCUAGGCCUUCUGGUUUAUUUUUAGCAAAUUUAUGAAGAUUUCCCUAUGUACAAUCAAGUAACCCCUGGGGCUGGGUCAAUUUGACCCUGGGGGGGUCAAGAUUUGAACCAAUUUUGUAGAUGUCCACUAGGCAAUGCUACAUGUCAAAUAUCUAAGCUCUAGGCCUUCUGGUUUAUUUUUAGAAAAUUUUGAAGAUUUUCCAAUGUACAAUCAAGUAACCCCUGGGGCGGGGCCAAUUUUACCCCGCGGGUCAUGAUUUGAAUAAAGUUUGUAGAAGUCUACUAGGAAAUGUUACAUAUCAAAUAUCUAAGAUCUAGGCCUUCUGGUUUAUUUUUAGAAAAUUUAUGAAGAUUUCCCUAUGUACAAUCAAGUAACCCCUGGGGCUGGGUCAAUUUGACCAUGGGGGGGUCAAGAUUUGAACCAAUUUUGUAGAGGUCCACUAGGCAAAGCUACAUGUCAAAUAUCUAAGCUCUAGGCCUUCUGGUUUAUUUUAAGAAAAUUUUGAAGAUUUUUCUAUGUACAAUCAAGUAACCCCAUGGGGCGGGGUCAAUUUGACCCCGGGGGUCACAAUUUGAACAAAUUUUGUAGAAGUCUACUAGGCAAUGCUACAUGUCAAAUAUCUAAGAUCUAGACCUUCUAGUUUAUUUUUAGAAAAUUUUUGAAGAUUUUUCUAUGUAAAAUCAAAUGACCCCUGGAGCGUGGUCAAUUUUGACCCAGGAGGUCAUGAUUUGAACAAAUUUUGUAGAGGUCCACUAGGCAAUGCUACAAAUGAAAUAUCUAAGCUCUAGGCCUUCUGAUUUAUUUUAAGAAAAUUUUUAAUGAUUUUCCUAAGUAAAAUCAAGUGACCCCAGGGGCGGGGUCAAUUUUGAUCCCAGGGGUCAUGAUUUGAACAAAUUGUGUAGAGGUCCACUAGGCAAUGCUACAUGUGAAAUAUCUAAGCUCUAGGCCUUCUGGUUUAUUUUUAGAAAAUUUUGAAGAUUUUUCUAUAUACAAUGAAGUAACCCCAUGGGGCGGGGUCAUUUUGACCCUGGGGGUCAUGAUUUGAACAAAUUUUGUAGAAGUCUAUUAGGCAAUGCUACAUGUCAAAUACUUUAGAUCUAGGCCUUCUGGUUUAUUUUUAGAAAAUUUUUGAAGAUUUUCUUAUGUAAAAUCAAUUGACUCCUGAAGCGGGGUCAAUUUUGACCCCGGGGGUCAUGAUUUGAACAAAUUUUGUAGAGGUCCACUAGGCAAUGCUACAUGUGAAAUAUCUAAGCUCUAGGCCUUCUGGUUUAUUUUUAGAAAAUUUUUGAAGAUUUUCCUAUGUAAAAUCAAGUGAACCCUGGGGCAGGGUCAAUUUUGACCCUGGGGUCAUGAUUUGAACAAAUUUUGUAGAGGUCUACUAGGUAAUACUACAUGUGAAAUAUCUAAGCUCUAGGCCUUCUGGUUUAUUUUUAGAAAAAUUUUGAAGAUUUUCCUAUGUAAAAUCAAGUGACCCAUGGGGCGGGGUCAAUUUUGACCCCGGGGUCAUGGUUUGAACAACUUUAGUAGAGGUCCACUAGGCAAUGCUACAAGUCAAAUAUCUAAGCUCUAGGCUUCUGGUUUUUGAGAAGAAGAUUUUUAAAGAUUUUCCUAUGUAAAAUCAAGUGACCCCUGGGGCGGGGUCAAUUUUGACCCUGGGGUCACCCCGGGUGACCAAGGCAAGUGGGCGACCAGGUGUGGGUGCGCAACUUCACAUGUUUAUAAUAAAUGUUCACAGAAAAGAAUGAAAGAAAUCUAAUGAAAUUCUGCCAAAUGGCAAGUUUGUUAUGUACAAAUAUGUGGAUUUUUAGACAAUUAAAGGGCAAUAACUCUGCAGUUACAAAAGAAAUCCAUACGAAAUUGUGUGUGCACAACCACAUUAUAGUGCUCUAAAUUCUGUUAAAGUUUCAUAGUUCAAGGUCAAAUAUAUCAAAAGUUAUGAUGCAGAAAUUGCCAUAUUUAUAGUACCCUAUAUAGUUAACACUAGAAAUUUCUAAGGGCCAUAACUCUAGUGUUACUUGGGCAAUCUGACUGAAACUUGACGGGCCGCAAGAACUCAUAGUGGUGAACAGGUAUAUGAAGUUUUAAAUAAAUAUUCCCAACCAUUUCCUAGAUAUGGCUCCGGACGGACGGACGGAAAGACGGACGGACGGACGGAAAGACGGACGGAAGGACGGACGGACGGACAACGCCAAAACUAUAUCCCUCCGACUUUCGUCGGGGGAUAAUAAAACCACAAUAUCCUGUGUAACUUGAUAGCUAAUUUGCAAGCAUAUUGAAAGUUGUUUAAUUGUUGGAAAAAAAUGAAUAUAUACUUAAGUACUGUUCACAAUUUACUGAUGAAAAGAUUAUUAUAUAUUCUGUGAAAAAGAAAAGCAGACUAGUAUACAGGCAUAUUUGUAUAAAAGCUUCUUGUAUAUGAACCCAAAGCCAUCUUAUUCAUUACACCCAAGUAACAGUUUGUAAAGCCUAAAGAUUUAACUUUAAAGCUUUUCUGAGGAGACCAUUCUAAUUAUGUAAUAUGUUGUAGUAUAUAAAAAUUGUCAUUAAAUUCCAGUUAUCCACCUUAAAUGGACUGUAUUGUUAUUGUUCAGUUACUUCCCAGGAACUAGUGUUAGGAAAAUACAUGCCUCUCAACUUAAAAUGAAGCGUUUUAAAAGUACUCCUUAUUUGCCCCAUGUGGUUCUGGGACGAUCUAUGUAUGAAAAGAAUUGGAACCACUGCCUUACCCUUGCAUGAUAGUAAGAGGCGACUAAUAGGGUCUUAACACUUGGUUUUGCUGUUACUCUGUGAUUCCAGCAGGUAUACAAAUUUUGAUUCCAUACCUCAUGUUUUUAUUUCGAUGUAAAUGAGAUGUGGAACCAAAAUUUGUAGUACUGUUUGGCGCCAUAUAACCUAUACUGUGUUGUUGCGCCGUAAAACCCAAAUAAAUAAAUAAAUUAUUUGACCAGUUGAGCUACUCCAAUCAACAUUUCCCAAUUACUGAUGCUUGCUUGGUUCACAGCUUACCAAUAUCAGUAUCUCCUACGGUAAAUACUGCAGAGAACAUAAACUUGCAAUGAAAAACCUAGAGUCAGACCAGUACUGUGCAUAUUGGCACUCCUCCAUAAAAGCUGCUUAUAUAGCCUAAUAAAAAAUAAAAGAAAAAAAGACUCAUAUCAAGACAAUAGGGUUGUAUAAAACAUUUUAUUUACUCUGAAAUGGGAAACGACAACAAAAUAAAAUUUGAACAUAACUAUCAAUGGAAACAAAAACAA